AUGUGCUUCUGGCCCCAAAAGACCAAGUGCCUUAAUCAGGAGAGUCCUGAUGCAGAGGACAACUUGCCUGUUAUGUCCUUAGGUCAUCAGGAUGGCACUGUGGCUCCUGCAUCUCUCCAGUCACCCUCCAGUGUCCUCCAGUCCAAGGACUUAAUCCGCUGUCUGCCACCUCACCUCUCCAUGUACAUCCUGGGACGUUUGGAUCAAAAAUCCCUCAAUGCAUGUGCUGCUGUGAAUAGCUGCUGGGCUUUUCUGGCCAAAGAAGUCAAGAGAGAACUUACGUGUCAAAGCGCGGUGCGGGACAACAUCCGCUACCUGCAGGGGCUGUGCCCUAGAGGAGCAAUUUCAAACUACGCCAAGACAGUGGAUGUGACAAUUCCCCAGUUAAAUGAGGAGGGUGAUGUCAUUGCAGAGCAAGGCGACAAGUUGGGGAGUGAGACAAAGGAAGACAAUCUGCAGGCAGCCUAUCGUGACCUGAAAACUGAGACAAUCCAGCUGGAAGAGAGAAACGUCUUUUGUGGCUCCUACAAUAUUCGUGUCCUUGUGGACCAGCCAGACCGCAGCAGAGUAAUCCAUUACAGUGGUGGGAACGUGGUGGCCAUUGGCUCUGCAGACCGAAAAGUGAGGCUGCUCAGGAUAUCAGGAAUGGAGGAAAUGUCUCCUGGGAUGUUGGAAAAGAAGGAAGUGUCUCCUGUGCUCUCUGGCCAUGCUGGGAGCAUCAGAGCACUUUUCCUCCACGAGAAGGAAGGGUUUGUUCUCAGCGCAGGCUUCGAUCUCAGCAUCAGAUGCUGGGAUAUAUACAGUGGGGCUUGUGUGAAGAUCUUUAAUGGUCACUGUGGGACGAUCACCUGCUUGGACUUACAUGAAGAGCAGUUUGUGUCAGGAGCCAGAGAUGGGAUGGUGAAAGUGUGGAACCUGAAGAGUGGGAAAUGCCUCAGGACUCUGAAGCACAGCAGUGCCCUCUGGGCAGUUAAGAUGGAUGGAACUCGUGUGGUCAGUGGGAGUCAGCGAGGGCUGGUGAAGGUCUGGUGUGCUGAUACAGGCACCCUGAUCAAAACAUUAGAGGGGCACCAAGGCCCAGUGAAGUGCUUGGCCUUUGAUCAGUGGCACCUUGUCACAGGAAGCACCGAUGGAUAUGUCCUGGGAUGGAGCAUGUUGGGAGACCUCAAGAGAUGCCUCAUAGCUUUCCGCCACCCUAAGGAAAUUCAAGCCCUGGAGUUCCUCUAUCUCCGAGUCAUCAGUGGCUGUGCUGAUGGAAACAUUCGGAUCUUUAACUACCUGACUGGAAGCUGCCUGAAAGUGCUGAUGGCCAACGGCAGAGGGAACCCCAUAUCUUCAUUCUGUGUUGCAGGAAACAGGAUGGUGAUCAACUCCCCAACUAGUCUAUUGAUGUUCCAGUUUGAGGAUGUCAGGUGGAACUACACCUUAGACACUGACCGAGAGAUGGUGGGGAAGAAAAAACAGCCAACUGGAACUUCAUGUGGAACACCACUCCACCUGCAGCAGACGCCAGGCCACCACCUCAGCCAGAUGCACCAGCUUGCUCUGGAGAUGCAAGCUCUCUGCUAUGAGCAGAUGAAAUCAGCAGCUUGCCAGAAACAGCAGCAGUAUCUCAAGAUCAAAAAGGCUUCUGGAAUUCAGGCAGAGCAGCAGCAAAAGCUUUUCAGCCCCCGCGCCCCCCGGCCCCGUGCCUGUGCCUCGGGAAAGGCGGCGGGAGCAGGAGCUGCAGGGCCCCUGGCAGAUGCUGCAGGUGGCAAAUCUGAACGUGGUCCUUCUGGCUACGGACCUGCUCGUGCUGACAGGACAGAAGCCACUUUGCAGCAUGAAGAGGAAACAGGCCCACUAAGUUGUCCAGUGCUCGAGGACAAGUUGCUCCUGCAGGUCGGCACGCUGCAGAGCACCUGCAAGUCAGCCCCAGUCAGGUUCAGCACUAAGCACACUGCAGAAGUCAGGGAAGCACAGGAACCUCUGUGGGAACAUCAGCAACACUGCCUGGAAAAGAUGCAGCCGCUCAAAACCCCUCUGCAACACAAACCCCAUCAGGCAGCCCAGCUCCAACGUGCGAGGUUGCACAGUGAUUCUCUGGCUAUGACAAGAGUUUCUGUGCCCUUUGAAACCAAAAAGCUGUGGCUGAAGCUGAAGAACUCUCUGCACGGACCCGUGGUGAGGUCCUUCAUCCCUGCUCCCUCCGUUGUACGUCCCAAGACCUGUGGUUCCCUGCCAGGCAGGCGAGCUCACGGUGCAGCUGCUCCUCUCCCCAAAGGGGGGGCUCAGCCUGUUGACCCCUUUGCAGCUUCUACUGAGCUCAUCAAAUCAACGCGUGUGGCAGUUGCACAGAUGAAAAAAGAAGCACUUUCCAAGAGGAGAAAGUCCUUUUCUCCAUAUGCUGCAGAUCCUUCCCGGAGGGACAAUGAGCUCAGGCUUCUGACGGGAAGGCAGAAGGAAGAGCAGGAGGCAGCUGCUGCAGCUCAGUACCAAGCACGCCUGGCAAAGCUCACAGAAGAUGAGCAAAGAGCAAGCAAGAAGGCCUGGCUGAGGAAAAUUAAAGGUCUACCUGUAGAUUCUUUCACUGAAGAGGGGAAAACACCUGCUCCUGAACUCGGGCAUAACACGUUUAUCUGA